CUCAACAAACAUCCAGUGUGCGCAUUCUACGCUCGAAUCAGUGUUGUUCGAACCGCGCUGGUGUCGACACGCGGACGCGUCGCAACAUUUGUAAUGAACCUCGGUACAGUUUCGUACUUCGAACGGUAAAGUGAUUGAUAGAAGUGACGAAUUCGCGUGUACAAGUGUGUGGUUAUGUGGCGGCGAGUGAUAUGACAGCGUGCGCCGCCAGACGGACUCCGGCCGUCUUCAUGAGGAUACUGGUGACAAGUCUGGCCCCGAGAUCAUGGUGGCUCCCGAUUCCGAGGCUCCUUCGAAUCCUCGGAUAGCGACUGCUGCUCACGAAAGCCCCACUGCUGCCGAGGCGCGCCACAGUGCCGAUCUUUACAUUCGCACGAGCUGGGUGGAUGCGGCCCUAGCACUCUCCGAACUUGAAAAGGGUAACAUCGAAGGCGGGCGAACAUCGCUUUGGAUCCGCGCGUGGCUGCAGGAGCAGCUCUUCAUCCUCGGCUGUUUCCUCCAAGGAGACGCCGGCAAAGUCCUAUUCGUCGCCAUUCUCGUGCUAUCAACGUUCUGCGUGGGCCUCAAGUCCGCGCAGAUCCACUCGCGCGUCGACCAGCUCUGGGUUCAAGAGGGCGGUAGAUUAGAAGCUGAACUGAAGUACACUGCGCAAGCGCUAGGCGAAGCAGACUCCUCAACCCACCAACUUAUUAUACAAACAGCCAAAGAUCCAGACGUCUCGCUACUCCACGCGGGAGCGUUGCUAGAGCACCUAAAGGUGGUCCACGCAGCGACGCGCGUCACAGUUCACAUGUACGAUAUCGAAUGGCGGCUGAAGGACCUCUGCUACAGCCCCAGCAUUCCCGACUUCGAAGCCUACCACAUACAGAAGAUAUUCGACAACAUCAUCCCGUGCGCGAUCAUUACGCCGCUCGAUUGCUUCUGGGAAGGUUCCAAGUUGCUCGGACCAGAUUACCCUAUUUUCGUCCCUGGUCUGAAACAGAAACUGCAAUGGACGUAUUUGAACCCCCAAGAGAUGUUAGAGGAGGUGAAGAAGCUGAAGUUUCAGUUCCCCUACGGCAUGGUAGAAGCGUAUAUGAAGAGAGCUGGCAUCACCUCUGCCUACAUGAAGAAGCCGUGCCUAGACCCCACCGACGCAUACUGUCCGGACACGGCGCCCAACAAAAAAUCCAAAAACAUCCCAGACGUAGCAGCAGAGCUAUCCCACGGGUGCUACGGUUUCGCAGCAGCGUACAUGCAUUGGCCCGAGCAGCUAAUAGUCGGCGGCGCGACUCGAAACUCGACUUCGGCGCUGCGCAGUGCCAAGGCGCUGCAGACGGUCGUGCAGCUGAUGGGCGAGCGUGAGAUGUACGAGUACUGGGCUGAUCACUACAAAGUGCAUCAUGUGGGCUGGACGCAGGAGAAAGCCGCCGCUGUCUUGGACUCGUGGCAAAGGAAGUUUGCAGCUGAGGUACGGAGAAUGACGACGUCGGAAAAAGUGUCAGCGUCGUACAGUUUCUAUCCGUUCUCAACGUCCACGCUAAACGAUAUUCUGGGAAAGUUCUCCGAAUUGUCGCUAAAGAACAUUAUUUUGGGAUACAUGUUUAUGUUAAUAUACGUGGCGGUAACUCUGAUGCAAUGGCGCGACCCAGUCCGUUCGCAGGCGGGAGUCGGUAUCGCCGGGGUGCUCUUGCUUUCUAUUACCAUCGCCGCCGGUUUAGGUUUUUGUGCUUUAUUAGGAAUACCCUUCAACGCUUCAAGUACCCAAAUAGUCCCAUUCCUGGCGUUGGGUUUGGGAGUCCAGGACAUGUUUCUACUAACACACACGUACGUGGAGCAAUCGGGAGACGUCCCGCGGGAGGAGCGGACCGGGCUAGUCCUCAAGAAGAGCGGCCUCAGCGUGCUAUUAGCAUCGCUGUGUAACAUAAUGGCGUUUCUAGCAGCUGCCUUACUCCCCAUACCGGCUCUACGCGUGUUUUGUUUACAAGCGGCGAUCCUACUUCUUUUUAACCUGGGCUCGAUGCUGUUGGUGUUCCCGGCGAUGAUCUCUCUGGACUUGCGGCGGCGCUCGGCGGCGCGCUCGGACGUGCUGUGCUGCGUCAUGCCCGACGCGCCGCACAGGACGCAGCGGCAACGACCGAGCACGAGGAACGCUAAAGGGAAUAAGAGUAACUGGAAGGAUACAACGCGACAACCAUUAGAUCCUGAAGAUAUAGGUGAAGAUGUUAAGAACACGUGCUGCAUCAGUCUCUCGCUCACCAAAUGGGCCAAGAAUCACUACGCGCCGUUCAUAAUGCGACCAUCUGUCAAGGUAACAUCUAUGCUGGCUUUAAUCGCUGUGAUACUUGCAAGCGUAUGGGGAGCGACCAAAGUAAAAGACGGGUUAGACCUCACCGACAUUGUCCCCGAAAAUACAGACGAACAUGAAUUCCUUUACCGACAAGAGAAGUAUUUCGGCUUCUACAGCAUGUACGCGGUGACGCAAGGGGAUUUCGAAUACCCCACCAAUCAGGAAUUGUUGUACGAGUACCAUGAUCAGUUUGUGAGAAUACCGAACAUAAUAAAAAAUGACAAUGGCGGUCUAACGAAAUUCUGGCUGAGCUUGUUUCGGGAUUGGUUGCUGGAUUUGCAAGCGGCCUUUGAUAAAGAGGUAGAGAAUGGAUGCAUCACCCAAGAGUAUUGGUGCAAGAAUGCAAGCGACGAGGGUAUCCUGGCGUACAAGCUCAUGGUGCAGACGGGUCACGUGGACAAUCCCAUCGACAAAUCCCUCAUUAGUACAGACACCAAAAAUGGCCACCGACUAGUCGGCAGUGACGGCAUUAUCAACCCCAAAGCUUUCUACAACUACUUAUCAGCCUGGGCAACGAAUGAUGCGUUGGCUUAUGGCGCAUCGCAAGGAAAUCUCAAGCCUCAGCCGAAAAGAUGGACGCAUUCGUCAGGAGAUAUGGAGCUCAAGAUUCCGAAGUCAUCUCCGUUAAUAUACACGCAGCUUCCGUUCUACUUGGCCGGGCUCAGUGACACAGAAAGCAUAAAGACCUUGAUAAUGUCGGUGAGAGAGUUGUGCCUAAAGUUCGAAGCGAAAGGAUUGUCUAACUUCCCGUCGGGCAUACCUUUUCUAUUCUGGGAGCAGUAUUUGUAUUUGAGGACAUCGCUGUCAUUGGCUCUCGCUUGCGCUCUGGCCGCUGUGUUUGUGGCCGUAAUGGUACUGCUGCUGAACGCGUGGGCGGCCCUGCUGGUGACGCUGGCUCUAGCGGUGCUGGUGCUGCAGCUGCUGGGCACCAUGGCGCUGCUGGGAGUCAAACUCUCCGCUGUGCCCGCAGUACUGCUCGUGCUCGCCAUCGGCAGGGGUGUCCACUUCACCGUGCACUUGUGUUUGAGUUUCGUGACGUCAAUCGGGUGCAAGCGCCGGCGUGCGUCGCUCGCGCUGGAGUCGGUGCUGGCGCCGGUGGUGCACGGCGCGCUGGCGGCUGCACUGGCUGCCUCGAUGCUCGCCACCAGUGAGUUCGGAUUCGUCGCCAGAUUGUUCCUCAGGCUACUACUGGCUCUCGUGUUGUUGGGACUCAUCGAUGGAUUGCUGUUCUUCCCUAUUGUAUUGGCGUUACUGGGUCCAGAUGCAGAGGUAAGGCCUCUCGAACAUCCAGAAAGAUUAUCAACACCAUCGCCGAAAAGCUCUCCGGUGCACCAAAGGAAGUCUACAUCUGGCAAUAACACGAGCGAUAAAAACAGCAGGACAGGAAAAUCAGCCUCGAGACCUAGUGCUCCCUCCCUUACUACUAUUACAGAGGAGCCUCCCAGCUGGCACAGCUCAGCGCCUUCUGUGCAGUCCUCCAUGCAGUCGAUCGUGGUACAGCCAGAGGUGGUUGUCGAGACCACUACCUACAACGGUAGUGACUCGGCAUCGGGCCGGUCGACUCCCACCAUGAAGUCACAGCAUGGCGGUGCUAUUACAACUAAGGUGACUGCAACAGCGAACAUCAAAGUGGAGGUGGUUACACCGAGUGACAGGAAAUCUCGUCGGUCGUACCAUUACUACGAUCGGCGGCGAGAUCGUGACGACGAUCGGGAGAGAGAUCGUGAUAGAGAUCGCGACCGAGAUCGAGACAGAGACCGGGAUCGGGACCGAGACCGGGACAGAGAUAGAGAGCGGUCGCGGGAUCGGGACCGCAGGGAUCGAUACAGAGACGAGCGCGAGCACCGCGCCUCGCCGCGGGAGAACGGCCGCGACUCGGGACACGAGAGCGACUCCUCCAGACACUAAACGUGUUGUGACAUGCGGACACUAUGACACUGUAGCGUGUAGACUCGUAGAGUGUAGUGCGGACAGACGCGGGCAGCGCGGCGACGCGGGACGUGAGGAGACAUCUUUACCUAAAGUUGCAGAGUUGUUAAUCUCAAACGAGAAUCGUAAACGGAACAUGUUUUAAGGUUACGCAUUACCGCUUAUAAUCAUGUACCUUAAGACAGUAUUACGACGUUAUGUUAAGUAAUAUCUCGUUAAUAUAGUGGAGGCUAUAUUGUAAAACGGUACACGAUGGAAGUGUUAGUGAAUAGUGUCUUGUCGUCGAAUGUAUACAGGAUGGUACUGAAAUCAUUCCAUAGAGCGCGCCACUAGUACUCCUAUACCGUUUUUCGGUAUAGAUGUGUUUCAGUGUGUAUUUUUUGUAAUAAAACCAAAUAUCAUUUUUUGUAGAGUCAAUUGCUUGUGUGUUCCUAUUUUAAAGACAUUUCCAUUUUGUCUCCGUGUGCUCUUGUUACAUUUAUAUUUCUCUAAAGACUGUGGUCGAAUAUUAAUUUAUAAUAUUAUUUAUUUUUAUGUCUAUAAUUAUUGUUCUGACACCAGAAUCCGUGGGGUAGCUCACACCGAUUGUACAAAUUAUUUAGGUAGCUAUAACGUAGUGUAGGCGGCUAUUUAUGAGAUUACUUAGAUUGAUAACUCACUGUAUCGUUGUGAUCUUUAUGUAAACAUAGUAAUUUGUGAAGACUGCAUUUAACAAUCGAUACACAGUAUUGUGUGCAUAAGAAUCGAAUAAUAGUCGAGAACAAUCGACAUGAUUGCUGACCUCAAAAUAUGAAAUUAAAAAGUUGUAACGUUUUGUGCAAAGUACUUAGUAGAAUAUAUUAAUUUAUACGUACCUAUAAUUUAAUAUAACGGGACUAACUGAACGCACUCGUUUUAAUUUGUCACUUAAUAUUGUUGGAAUCGAAGUGAAGUGAAUCGAAUGUGAUGGUGAAGUGAGUGCGUCAGUUUGGUCCCAGUGUAAAUAUAGAGUUAGUAUUGCGUAGGUAUUGUAUGCGAAGUGCCUACGAGUAUGGUUGCAUACUUUUGUAUCAUUUAUUUUUAUACACUUUUAAACUGACACAUUGUCGAAAAACUGUAGAAUGUAACUGUGAAUCGUUUAUUAGUUUAAUAAGUUUAUAAAUUAACAAUGAAGUUAAUUAUAUAAUACUUCAAGCACAAAUAGUGUUCAAAAGAAACUUCUAAAGCAACAUUUUGAUAAAUAUAUUUUUCACUGUUUAUAAGACAGUGUUUUCAACAAUCUUUAUACUUUUUAUACAUUUUUGAACUUUUGUACUGGAAAAAUAAUUCCGAUGCAUAAAGGAAUAACGCGACAAUAAAAUGUUAUCGUUAACACAAAAAUGAAUAUCGACUGUAUUGACAAAAUAUAAUAUUUUAAACUGUGUAA